CCUAACCGCCAUAUUGUUUCGUCGCCAAGCGCCAUUUUGUGGCAGUAAGCGGCGCAUCUUGGACGCUCCUCAAAUGCGCUCCGCACAGAGACAGGAAGAUUGAAAUCAAAAGUUUGACUUAAAAGUUAAAAACUUCACUCGUUCAUCCUCGGCAAGAGUCAUCAGUCAAGAGCUGACCAUGAGCUACGGACGCCCACCGCCAGAUGUGGACGGAAUGCACACGCUUAAGGUGGACAACCUGACGUACCGCACGUCGCCCGAGAUGCUGCGGCGCUCCUUUGAGAAGUACGGCGACGUUGGCGACGUGUACAUCCCACGCGACCGCUUCACGCGCGAGAGCCGCGGCUUCGCUUUCGUGCGCUUCUACGAUAAGCGCGACGCCGAGGACGCCAUGGACGCCAUGGAUGGAAAAAUGCUUGACGGGCGCGAGCUGCGCGUGCAGGUGGCGCGGUACAGCCGGCCCGCCGACCCCUACUUCCAGCGCCGUGCCGCGCCGCGGCGGACGCACGGCAGCAGCAGCAGCGGACGGCGCCGUAGAAGCUAUUCGCGCAGCUCGAGUCGAUCUCGCUCGCACUCCCGCUCGCGUUCUCGCGACCGUAAGGACCGCAGGCGGCGACGCUCCAAGAGCCGCUCCAGGUCGCGGUCCAAGUCGGACUCGAAGAGCCGCUCCCGAAGCCCCGCCAAGCAGCACCGCAAGCGUACGUCCAAAUCCCCCUCCAAGUCUCGCUCCAAGUCUAAGUCCAAGACCCGCUCGCGCUCCAAGUCUAAGCAGCGUUCGCGAUCGGGAUCCAAAUCCCCACGCAGGUCUGCAUCACCACGCAAUCACGGGGAGAACGGCAACAAAUCCGACAUUGGGAAAGAAGACGAAAGCUAAAAAAAAAAUUGUUGGAAUUCUACGACUCCAUUGGAAAUUGGAAAUCAUCGCCAGUCUGGCUGUUCCUUACGACUGCUGAAAUGGCAUAGGUGGUCUGCGAGGGUUAAAUUCAUGAAGUAUAGUUGUGGAUUUUAAGAAAGUUGUUUUCUAAUGGGUUUUUUUGUUUUUGCAUUUAUUCGUAAGUGAGAAUUUUGACGCAAACAAUAGCAGUGUCCCGGGCCCCUUUUGAACAACAACAACUUCCAUGCUGCACAUUUAAAUUUGAGACGAUGCCAACGAGCAGCCAAACACUGCUAUAGUUUUGGCGUGGUGCUUGUGUACACGUGAUGUAUAUAUUUAAACAAAAAACAAAAAAAAACCAAGAUUUUUGCGUUGUAGACUUGCGCGUACAUUUUUAGGUUGUGUUUUUUUUUUAUUUGCAACGUUUGUGUCGACUGUGUGCAGUUUUGUGUUUUUUUGCAAAUGAAGACUAACCACAUUGUCUUGUAUUUUCUGUGCAUCAGGCGGUGAGUACACUAGCGGUUGUGUAGUGGUGGUUGGUGGUUAGGGUUACAUGAUGCGGGCGGAGAGCAGUGCUGUGUUGCUGUGCAGGAGUUUUCAGCUGCGGGAGUUCCUCGGCUCUCCAGCCCCAGCCAAAAUGCCAGAUGCAAAUGUAAUGACGCAACUCAUUUUAGAAGGUGCAUUCAAAAUUAAAGUAUCAUUUCACUUAUUUUGUUUAAUUUUUUUUCCCGUUUGCCAUUGCUCAGCGGCCAAUGCAGUGGUGGAAAAUUGCCGAGUUCAGAAAAUACCGUUAAAUACUUGGAAUGACUUGUUACAUCUUUUAAUUUGGCCGAGUGGAGCACAAUGUUAAAAGUUAUAAGCUCAUUCUGAUCUAGGCGUGGCUUGACCCAACAUCCCUUUUUACGGUUGGUAAAAUCUAAACUUUAACCAGAUGAGAGCCACUUGACAUCUCUUUUGCAGGUGAGAACUGGAAAAUAAAUAAAUUUGGAAAAAAAUCUCCCUGCAAAUUUGUCGGUGCAAAAAAAAGAGAUACAUUUAAUCCAGUCCUAGAAAUGUAACAACUUGACCUUUGGAUAUAUUGGCCAUAGUAAUGUGGAGAUUAACUUCCCUGUGCUCAUUUGAGCAGGAGGAACACUUGUACCACUGCUAUCAUUAGUCUCUAGGAUUAAAAAAAAAUUCGUACUUUACACACUUGCCUACACAACAUUUUUGUGAUAAAGAUGUGUACAUUUGCUUUUAAUUCUACAACUGGAAAUGCCUCUUAUUAUUAAUUUAAUCUGGCAAUGACUGCAAUUGGCCUUUUACAUUCAUUGCAUCUACUGUAACCGCGGAGGCAUUUCUUCCAGUUAUAGACAAUGACUCGCGUAGUAUUGGAUAUUAUGCUUACAAUUUGAAAUUGCUGUGCGGUCUAUUAAUAAAAAAAAACCCAAAAGUU